CGGCGCCAGCAGCUGCGAGGCCCCAGAAGCACAUCCCGGGAAGAAAAAUGCGUUGUGGACCCCUGUGCCGAUUCCUGUGGCUUUGGCCCUAUCUGUCCUACAUUGAAGCUGUGCCCAUCCGAAAAGUCCAGGAUGACACCAAAACCCUCAUCAAGACGAUUGUCACCAGGAUCAAUGACAUAUCACACACGCAGUCCGUCUCCUCCAAACAGAGGGUCACUGGUUUGGACUUCAUCCCUGGGCUCACCCCUGUCCUGAGUUUGUCCAAGAUGGACCAGACAUUGGCGAUCUACCAACAGAUCCUCACCAGUCUGCCUUCCAGAAAUGUGAUCCAAAUAUCUAAUGACCUGGAGAACCUCCGGGACCUUCUCCACCUGCUGGCCUCCUCCAAGAGCUGCCCCUUGCCCCAGGCCAGAGCCCUGGAGACCUUGGAGAGCCUGGGCGGCGUCCUGGAAGCCUCCCUCUACUCCACGGAGGUGGUGGCCCUGAGCAGGCUGCAGGGGUCUCUGCAGGACAUGCUGCGGCAGCUGGACCUCAGCCCUGGGUGCUGAAGCCUUGAAAACCUCUCUUCCCAAAGCUGAGGGAAGAAACCUGAGCUUCCAGGUGUCUGCAGGAGAAGAGAGCCUGUGUGGACAUCCUUUAUGCAGGCCUGCGGGUCAUUUCUCUGUCACUCCUCUAAGCCGCUCUUCUUCCAAAGGCAGAAAACUCCAAGGCAGGAAACCAGAGAUAUAAAUACAUGGUUCCGUGCCCACCGGGAAGGAGGGCCCAUCCAGCAAACAGUGGACUAGGUCUGGGAUUUUCACAGAAGCCUUCCUCCCUGUUCCGUCUCCCUCUCACUGCAUGCUUCACCGUGACCCGGGGUGAUUUUAGACCCUUUGCACGAUCAAGCAAGAUUCCCUCUGAAAAUCCGGGGAGCAUCGUGAAGGCUAUAGGCACACACAGCUGGAUACUCCCACGCAACACAAGUUGGAAGCAUUUACUUAUUUAUUAUGCAUUUUAUUCUGGAUGGAUUUGAAGCCAAACGCCAGCUUUUCCAGGCUCUUUGGGGUCAGCCAGGGCUCAGGAUGCUGCUGGGGUGCUGUUUCCAAUCCCAUCAAUGGGCCUGACCAAGGCAAACCCAUUUUGACUGACUUGAGGGUCCUCAAGUCAGUUUUCUAGAGACUGGCUUUGUUUCUACUGUGAUUGACUUUUUUUUAUUUUUUAUUUUUUUUGGGCUGCGUUGGGUCUUCGCUGCUGCGGGUAGGCUUUCUCUAGUUGUGGCGAGAGAGGGCUACUCUUCGUUGCCGUGCGCAGGCUUCUCAUUGCGGUGGCUUCUCUUGUUGCGGAGCACGGGCUCUAGAGCACAGGCUCAGUAGAUGUGGCGCACGGGCUUAGUUGCUCCACGGCAAGUGGGAUCUUCCCGGACCAGGGCUUGAACCCGUGUCCCCCGCAUUGGCAGGUGGAUUCUUAACCACUGCACCACCAGGGAAGUCCUACUGUGACUAACUUUAAAUUACAGUGUUUGCAAUGGCAUUGCCCUGAAUGGAUCUCGACGUGCCAGGUUAUUUUUUAAAAGAAGAAGAUGAAUUUUGUCAAGUGUAACAUAUAGCCGUGUGCAACGGGAGGUAGGGAACGUGUUGGUGGGAGGGGGAAGAAUCCAGAAUGUAUUUUCUGAAUAACAUUUGUCUGAUGGGCUCUCUGGGUGGGAUGAGGUCAUUUUCUCAUCUUCGUGGUUUUCAUGAAGAGGCGAUGACUCCUUCAGGAGGGUUGUGGUGUUUCGCCAGCCGCCCAUGGUCAGAGUGGUGAGGGGGCUGAAGCUGGAGAUUGUUGGGGCAGUGGUGGGCUCUGGCCUUCUCUGACUGCUAGAGAGUGGUCUUGCUUAUCAGGGAGUGAGGACCCCACAUUGGAGACAGGGAUCCCCAGAGCAGGGGUCCUUGGCGUGGGCCUUCGAAUGGUCUGGGUUGAUCCCACACCGGGUUUAUAACAUGGUAGUGUCCCUACUUGGGUUUUGCAUGCUCACCCAAAGCAAGGCCAUGUUUCCCAUCCAUUUGGGAAGGAUUUUUAUUCUAGUGGGAGGGUGAAAUCUAUAGGGGGUCUGUGGGCUUUAGCAGAUGGUCCCAAGACCUGGGUCAACACUGGGUCAGGGAGUCCCAGGACCCCAGGACCAGCCUCCAGCAGCGCCCUUCUCGCUAGAGGUCAUGUCCAGUAGAACAAACGAGGGGGCUUGGGUUUCGCACCAUCCUGUCACUGUGAUGCAGUCAUCGCAUUACAGGAGGUGGAUCUGUCCAAGGAAAUUGGAAUCUAAGCAACCAGUUUUCAGACUGAGCACCUGCUUGUGCUCAGCCCCCACUGGUGCCGUGGGCUGAGAACCUCACCAAAUAAAUAUUAAAUCCAGCCCUACCCUCAGGGACCUUCCAUUCCAGAUGGUAAAAUCCCACUCAAGAGCGUGCAGAGGCUGUCGUUUCACCAUGGCAACCGAGCAGCUGAGACACAGUGCGGUCCUCAGCAGGUGGGAAAUGCUGAGCUGAGGAGGGAGGUGCCCAGGACCCACAGGCUAAUCCUGCUUGCACUCGGUAGCAUUUUUACUUUUCAGGGCAUGUCAGCAUCUGUUACUGUGAUGCCACAUCCCUUUGAAGCAGGAUAGCUGAGAAUUUAAAAGUAAUAAGAUACUUAAGACCAUAACAGCAGACAGGUGGCAGGACCAGGACUAGAACCCAGGUCCUCUGACCCCCACAGCGUGUCCCUUGAGCCAGGUAAUGGUCUCUGGAGAUACGAACAGGGUUGGGCAGGGAGAACUGGAGUGCUUGCUGGAAGAGAGGAGUUCCGAGGCCGAUUUUGCAGGAGGUGAGGGAAGUGAAUUGCCUGGAGGGAGGAGGCUGUUUUAUUGAAGCUUUGGUGCUGAGACACCAAGGUGACAGGGUAAUUAGCCAGUUACAAAGGAAGGCAGAGAAUGGAAAGAUGGGAGGGGAAGGGUCAUGUUGAAGAGGACUUCAGCGGUAAAGAUGUUUGCUACUGAAAGAGUCAAAAGUUCUAGAGUGAGACUCAUGUGAUGGACAGAGUCAGACCUGCUCUGGAAAAUAAGUCCUGAUAAUUACAGCCACCCAGUCAGGCUGGGGUGUUUUAAGCCUUUUGCUCACAAAACCUGGCACUAGGGCUCAUUCCCAGAGUGUGAAGCUUCCAAAAUGUAAACGAUUGUGUUUUUCUGUAACAUAAAACAAUUUUUUUGUUCCAAAAAGUCCAAAUAAAUUUCCU